GAUUCGGUGAGCCGCGCUCAUUCUUAGGCGAGACAUCGUGUAGUACGGUUGUACGUGAUCGAAAACGAUAUUUGUAAUAAUCAAAAUCGUUCGCGACAGCAGUGCUUCUUAUUGAUAUAUAAGCUCGUACAUCUUUCAGUGGCUUUUGGUGUAAGGAAACACAAGUGUGACCUAUACAAAAAUCAUGGCUGACAGUGGUAUCAAGCGUAAUAUUCCUAUCAAGCUGGGUGACUUCAGCGUAAUAGACACCGAAUUUUCCAACAUACGGGAACGCUUCGACGCCGAGAUGAGAAAGAUGGAGGACGAGAUGUCACGAUUCAGAAGCGAAUUGAUGAAUCGCGAAAGCAACAACUUCUUUAAGAGUACUACCAGUCGACAUCACACGAGCACCAGCGAACACCGUACCUCGACGACCUCGAAGAGCGAAGGUUGGGACAAGGUCGAUCCUGCAGCACCGCCAACGCGGUCCGCGUUCGACAGCUUCAAAAGCACCACAACGCAGAGCACUCAAAACAGUUCUCUCAGCCCCCCUCACGACUCGGCCUGGCUCGAUGGGUUGAACAGCCCGCUCAUUCAGGACGAAGGGGACAGCAAAUGCCUGAAACUUCGAUUCGACGUCUCCCAGUAUACGCCUGAGGAGAUCGUCGUCAAGACCGUGGACAACAAACUAUUGGUCCAUGCAAAACACGAAGAGAAGACAGAGAGUAAAUCGGUGUACAGAGAGUACAAUCGCGAAUUCCUGCUGCCCAAGGGAACCAAUCCCGAAAGUAUCAAGUCUUCGUUGAGCAAGGAUGGCGUGCUCACCGUCGAAGCUCCGCUUCCGGCGAUUGGUACAGGCGAGAAGCUUAUCCCAAUUGCGCAUCAGUAGAUGCCCAAUCGACCAGUCGAACGCACGAAAAAAA